CACACAUUAGUCCGGAGUUUUUUACGUCAAUAUGCGUCAGCCAGGGUAGUAAUGAUUCCUCUUGCAACGACCGGGACCUUGGAACCUUAUUUCCCUUUUGUUGCCUCUUAGAUCGGGGUUGAGACUAUCCAGUUUCCCGCCCUCCACCCACCAUUUUUUGAAUUUUUCUUCCUUUACCCCCCCCCCCAACACACACCUUCCCCUUAAAGUAUCCGCAUACCACUUCAUAGAUCCUGUUUUGUUUUCAAAAUUAAUAUAUUUUUUUCCCCUUCCCCUCCUUCUCAACACACACACAUGAGAGAAACUAACUUUGGUGUGUUUGUUGUUGUGGGUGCAGUGUUGUAUAUAUGAGUGCAGUAGCUGUUUUAUACCGGCUCCCAGCAUGGUAAUGGCGGAUUGCCCGAGUCAGCUGCAUCGGGCGCCUGUGCGGGUGGGUUUCUACGAUAUCGAGCGCACUUUAGGCAAAGGGAAUUUCGCCGUCGUCAAACUGGCGAGACACCGCAUCACCAAAACUGAGGUUGCAAUAAAAAUCAUCGACAAGUCUCAACUGGAUGCUGUGAACUUGGAGAAGAUCUACAGAGAAGUACAGAUCAUGAAGCUUCUGGAUCAUCCACACAUCAUCAAACUCUAUCAGGUGAUGGAGACCAAAAACAUGCUGUAUCUUGUGACUGAGUACGCUAAGAAUGGAGAGAUUUUUGAUUAUCUGGCAAACCACGGCCGGCUGAGUGAGCUGGAGGCCAGGCGCAAGUUCUGGCAGAUCUUGUCGGCAGUGGAAUAUUGCCACAACCGCAAAAUCGUCCAUCGGGAUCUGAAAGCUGAGAACCUUCUGUUAGACAGCAAUAUGAAUAUUAAAAUAGCGGAUUUUGGGUUUGGUAAUUUCUACAAACCCGGAGAACCCUUGGCCACGUGGUGCGGCAGCCCACCGUACGCAGCUCCAGAGGUUUUUGAAGGACAGCAGUAUGAGGGACCACAACUGGACAUCUGGAGUCUCGGUGUGGUCCUCUAUGUGUUGGUUUGUGGAGCUUUACCAUUUGACGGUCCAACGCUCCCCAUCCUGAGGCAGAGGGUUCUGGAAGGCAGGUUUAGAAUUCCAUACUUCAUGUCAGAAGACUGUGAACACCUUAUUCGACGUAUGCUGGUCUUAGACCCUUCUAAAAGACUUACAGUUGCCCAGAUAAAGGAGCACAAGUGGAUGCUGACCGAGGUGCCAGUACAGCGACCAAUUGUAUAUCCUCAAGCGACUGAGACUGAAUCAGCCAUGGGAGAAUACAAUGAGCAAGUUCUACGACUGAUGCACAGCCUAGGGAUUGACCAGCAGAAAACCAUUGAGUCUCUACAGAACAAGAGUUAUAACCAUUUUGCUGCUAUUUAUUAUCUAUUGGUGGAGAGGCUCAAGUCUCACAGAAGCAGUUUCCCUGUAGACCAGAGACUUGAUGCGCGUCAGCGACGACCAAGCACAAUUGCUGAACAAAGUGUUGCCAAGGCAAAUCCUGUCAUGCCCCAGGUGAACCUGCUGCCUCAGAACAUCAGGCUGUUGAGGUCCCCUCUCCUGCCACAAUCUGCUGCUGUGGACACAUUCUCCUUUCUGCAGACUGGAUGCCAGCCGGAAUUAGCCUUCAUGGAGGAAGAUGUCAACACUCCCAAGGUAAAUGGUUGUCUUCUGGACCCUUUGCCUCCAGUAAUGGCAAGAAAAGGAUGUCCACCAUCUCCUAGCAACAUGAUGGAGACGUCCAUCGAUGAGGGGAUAGAGACUGAAGAUGACUCGGAAGAGGACCCCGCCCAGGUGUACGCAUCAUUUCAGGCAAUGCGCUGUGGCCAGAGGCGGCACACUCUGGCUGAAGUGACCAACCAGCCAAUGGCAAUGCCAAGCACAGGGAAACUGUUCACUGUAGGCAAUAAUCCAUCCUUGGGGAGCGUCGAUGCAGAAUACGACAUGGGAUUGAUGCACAGUGAGCUCAAUAUUCUCGAGGACACGCCAUGCCCGAAAGAUGUUGUACUUGUCAACCAACCAGCAGCACGAAUGACUCCACCACUGAUUGGCAUCAGGCCAACAAACCCAGCGAUGGAGGCACUGACCUCCCAGAAACGCGAGGUGCAUAACCGGUCACCAGUCAGCUUCCGGGAAGGCCGAAGGGCUUCUGAUACAUCUUUAACACAAGGUAUUGUAGCCUUUCGCCAGCAUCUUCAGAAUUUGGCCAGGACCAAAGGGAUCCUGGAGCUCAACAAGGUCCAGAUGUUGUAUGAACAGCUGGGAUCAGAUGAGGAUCCUGAUGGGUCACCAGCACCACAUUUACAGAGUCUCCUCACCAGCCACCAUCAGGAUGAAGCAUCUCAUCAGCAAGAAAAUGUAGCAUUAUUCCCGAAUGGAGUUCAUCCACACGUUUUGUCGCGGCGCCAGAGCCUGGAAACACACUAUUUGCAACACCGAUUGCCGAACCCAAGCUUAUUGAACAAAGCACAAAACAGCUGCCCACUGUAUUGCAAGGAAACCCCCAGGAGUCUGGAGCAGCAACUCCAAGAACACAGGUUACAGCAGAAACGGCUGAUUCUCCACAAACAGUCGCAGCUCCAGGCUUACUUUAACCAGAUGCACAUUGCAGAGGGUUCGUACCCACAGCGAGCCCAGCAGAUGCCCUUACCUCAUCCUGAAGCCCAGCAGCAGCAGCAGUUCAGCAUGGCCCAACCUCUGAGCCCAGUGCCGGAGCCCUCCGAACAGAUGCAGUGCGAACCCUUCCUCAGCCAGCACUACAAGCUUCAACUCUCACUGCAACAAACGGCAUCAGGCCAGCAGCCCACCCCGCCUCCACUUCAGUCCCAAGCUCGCCUUGAGCCACCGCAGCAACAAAUCCUUCAGUACCCCUACCAGGCCUGUGAGAUUGUGGGAGCCAACCCUCCAGAACCCAGCUACCCCGAACACUGUCCAUACACUCUGGGCCAAACCCCGCAGGCUGCCUUGACCUUGUCUGAAAGCCAGGCAUGCGGUGCUACUUCUGAUUCACCAACCACCUACAAGAACAUCACCAUCCCUGAGCUACCAGGGCUUUUUGACUGUGAGAUGAUGGAGACGGUUGAUACCCAACACGGAGGUUAUGUCCUCGUGAACUGACUUCAGUCUUUUUAGUUUUCUUUUCAGUGUUAUUUCACCGAGAAAGAAGGGAUGAAGAGAACAGGGGUAAUAAAGAGGAAGUCAGUUUAGUUUGUAUAUUCAAGAAAACACUAAAGUUGAUGAUCUUUCCUCCUUAAAGCAUUAAGCGGAGAGAAUAAAAAUCAACAGUGUAGAAUUGGCUUGGGCCGGUUCUCAAUUGUUGAUGUAGCUGUGCUGUGGUCCUGUUGGCCCUCAUGUAUGGGUGCUGAGAAGAAUGAAAGAGGCAGGAGAGGCGACUCUUAAAGGAGCAAACGCACUUUCCCAAGGAUGGUACCAACUAACCAGACCAGACAAUAAGCACAUAACACUAAAUAGGAAGGAGACAGAAGCAGAAUAAAGUGUAAUGUUUCUGACAACACAGCAAUAUGUCAACAGAGGGGGAGAAAAAAAAUACUGGAGUUGUUGAAGAGCUUUGAAAUUCCUGAGAAUGGUAUUACCAUCCAAGUUAAAGAUCCUCAUUAAUUUACUGAACAUCCACUCACCUCCCACAAAUCCUGGCCAUUGCCAUCAGCUUGAACUGCCUGGGGAAUGUAACGCUUUCAAGUGGAGGCAGUCCCCUCAAAGGGAGAAAAGCUCAUCUCCCUCUGAAGUCUGGCCAUUGUUUUCACUAAGUUGGAUGUUCACAAUGCCUGACACUUACAUUUCACACCAGAGGAUGAUCCUGGGUUGCAUUUAGCACUAGGAAGGACGUAAUGUGGAAAUAUAGAAGAAAAUUUUUAAAAAGUGCCUCCUACGGGGGCAUUUUAGCUGUGCACACCUCUGGGCUCUGGAGGUGGUGAUUAAUGUGUUAGUAGUUGUUUCAGUGUUUGCUUUUCAAGGAAUAACUCAUUGUAACUUUGAAUUUCAGAUAUGAGUUGCUGGUUGUUUAUUAAAAGCUUUGUACACUUUACCUAGGGUUUUAGAAGUUAUACAAGAAAUAAGCUUUUGAAACAAAAACCGUUGUGUGAAGUGUGAUAGUGCUGUGCCUUUUUGCUUCUUCUUAAUUUAAGAAAAACAAACACAUUUCUGGAAAACAAUUUGGAAAAAACAAUGCCCCAUUUAUACUCACAAGUUAACCAAAGUCACUUCAUAGUAAGUACUUCUGGUUCCACUAUGUGGAACCCAGGCCAAUGUUUUACUCUGUGUUCCUUUUUAAGUCAAUCUAUAUGUAAAGAGUAAAAAGCAAUAUUUAUUAAAUAUUUUCAAAUGACAUUUGUACCAUACAUGUACCAUGAUUGAUGUUUUGCGCACUGUCAGAAUAAUUUGACCUUCUCUUUUCCUUGUUGAAAUAUGAUAUUGUCAGGGAUUGAUGGUGAAGUGCUGAUUUGACUAGAUUGGAUGGCUAGCCCAGGCAGCCCUAUGAUUACGCUUGUGGAAAGGAAAUUCUGGAUUCUACAGCCCCUCAAGGCUGCCAGUCCAUGGUGUUGGAUCAGUACUUCACCACGAAGAUUUAGCAAUGUUGAAAUUACCAUGUAGAAGAUUGUACCUCAGCAUUUACCCCGACACCCAUUGUUAAAUGGCUCAGCAAGCAGAAGGUUUGGCAAGCACACAAGGAGUUGUGCCUCCAAUACAAAUCACGCGGCAUACGCUGUGUUUGUGUUUUGUUUGUGAUGCUGUAGUGAGUCAGGUGGUCAAGAGCCACAACAACAAUGCCAACUUUGCCAAGUUGCAGCUUCACCACAAAGCAGGAACAUUGCCAGGAUUCAGAUUAGUUGCUCUUUUUUUUAAAAAAAGUGUUGGAACACACCCAAAGGCAUCGUCCCACUUUUGCUGCCUUUCUCUUUGCUGUUGCUGUGUUUCUCUUGUUCCAUUUUCAUUUCUGUUUGCAUCUCUAUGUAGGAUGGCAGGUCAACGACACACAGUCUGUCUCAUCCACGAUGCCCAACACUAAUGUGUUUCCAUUGGCAAUGAUCACCCAAAAGGUGAAUUGUGCAAAAUUUUGGUCUUCCAUCUCUCAGUUAUCCCACUACUCCCCCAUUCCCACAUGGUCAUAUUUCAUAUGCUUUGAAAACCCUGCAGGCCAAAGUUUCCUUUGUGGUGGGGGAGAAUGUAUCUUUCUGACCUCCUUUUAGAAUGCUCCCUGCCCUUUCUCAACUAGACAUCAGGUACACCGACUCUUCCAUGGCUUAUACCAAUUUAUGCCGAAUAGAGUGUGCAAGUCAUGUUGACCGAUGACAUUCUCCCUCUUUAAACAAGGACUUCUCCUCAGUGUUCAACCUCAGGAUGGACCUGCUGAGACCAAUGAAACAGCCAGCCUCCAUUUCCCCAACCACACAGCACUGGCAGUUACAAGUGUUCAAAUCCUACCUAUGUAUUCAAGAAAAUUACAGUUCAUUGAAUUUAAGCACUGUUCUUCACAUUAGUUUUGAUUUUCAUGUGUUUUUUUGUUUGCAAAGAAAAUUUGAAUCUUGAAAUUCUGCUAAGCAAUACUAGCACCUGAACCCCUAAUAUGUUUGAAUGUCUCUGUUUAAAGCAGAGACAACACAUUAAAACAAUGGAUGGAGGAAACGCAUUUGAUAUGAAUAUGUCAGUUUCUAGGCCUUAACAAAGCAUUCCCUUCCCUGGCUACUAUCCAGCCAAUACUUUGAGAUCAGGAAACUCCACUGGUGCAACAAGAAUUAUUCCACAAUGCCUUUAAUAGUAUCGUUUUCUUCCCCUGAAAUAUGAUUACUUUCCUGCGGUCGGUCGCGGACCUUUGAUCGAGCAGUUAGAAGCAGGAUUUUAGCCCCUGCUGUCACUGCUUGGAGGCUGGCUUUCAGUUCAUCAGGAUCCACUCUGAGACAACCUCUAAGAAUGAGAGCCUCUGAGUUCUCUCUACCUCGGUGUAAAUCCAUAGGCUGUCCCCUAUUACACUUUAGCACUGUUUCAUCGGUGUAUACAAGAAAGGCUCUCAUGUUCAAAAUUCAAAACUGACGUGAAGGUACACAUGUAGUCUCUACAUGUGUAAUCUCAUGUUGCAAUUUCUUUUGGUGAAUGUGGGAAGGUCACCAAAUCUCACAUUGACAGGUUAAUCCCUGAGCAAGUCUCACUCAAUACCAGUGUAAUGGGUAGCAGCUAGCCUGAAAUCCUGGAUUGGAAGGGUCCAGCUACUGCUCAGGCUAAUGAAAGUGGAGAUCGAGGCUUUGAUCAUUGGGUCCUGUAUGGUUUAAUGCUGUAAUGCCUUUGCCCACUAGGUUAACGCAGAAGUUUGUCUAUGGUCUUUCUGUUUCUCAUUUAAGGAACUGAAAUAAAAGUAACUAUACUCCAGUGUGUGUGGGCUGGCUUUGGCUAUCAGACUCUGCUCUUUUUCAGAAUGAUAAAACAGUAAUGGAGGUGAAGAGCAAGGGAUUUCAGUACAAGAGAAAAUGAGGCAGGUCAAUUAAUUGUUAGCAAUGCAAUUCUAAACAAAAAGGAAAUUGAAAGGCGUUCUGAAGAAGGGUCACUGGACACUGAAACAUUAACUCUGCUUUUUCUCCACAGAUGCUGCCAGGCUUGCUGGGUUUUCCCAGCAAUUUCUGUUUUUGUGGCAAUGCAAUUCUGUCUUUAUCUGUACCCAAGAUAUUUAGUUUUCCCACUCCUCUGCUUGUGUCUGCCAAAUAACCAAAGGGAUGUUGGUACAUCAGGAAGGUGCAUUUCAAGACCAGAAUGAACCUAUCCAUAAACUCAUCCACAAUCCAAUGUCUUUUACUUUCUCACCUAUUAACAGCAGUGAGAUGACACAAGCUCAGUGUAAUAAUCUUGUAGUGACUUUGAUUUCACUUCCAUUCUCCAUUUUGUAAAAACGCAAAGAAGUCUUCUGUCCAGUUUCUGAAUUUGAUGUAUAAAAAUGUGUAUUUUUACCUUUAUAAUCUUUUAAUACAAUUAUGUACUUUGAAGAGACUUUGGUGCAACGUAUAAGGGGUAAAUGUAUACACAAAGAUAAGUGCAAUACGUGUGGUACAUAGGAUGCAUUCUGUUAAAUAGUUGAUGCUUCAGAAAUGCACUAGUUCUAUAUGCUCUUGAUGUAUGUAAAAGCUGCUUUUUUUUACAAUUUGGUAAUUAAACAAUAGUGUUUUGUUUCUACAACAAAGAAAUGUAAUACACAUUACGGACCUUGUGAAGAAAAUUGCGCGCUAUGGUUACAGAACUGUGUAUUAUAAUUGUGUGAUGCUGCCUUUUUUUGUCAAUGUUACUCGAAAGGAGAGAAUCGGCAGUCUUCAGUACCUCAAGAGCAAGUUUUCGUACGAUGUUGAAAUAAUGAGAAUGACAUUUUUUUUGAAUUACUCAGCAGACCUCUGUCCCAGACCGCUGGAGAAGUUGCUGCUGAGAUUGUGGCAGUUUGAUAAGCAAUCUUUGUACUGUUAACCAAAGGAUAAUUUAAAUAGGUAAUUUACUUCAAGGAUCUAACUGAAUACAGUUCAUGUACUGGUCCAAACCCCAGUUUGAUUGAAUCAAGAAUAAAGGCUGUAGUGUUUUGAGCAAUAA